AUGACAAUUCGGACCACAGUAAUUCUAUGCUGUAUUGCUGUGGCGAUACUGGUAAACAAACUCGUGAAGGAGCACUCUAUCCAAGCAAUGUGCAUGGUUAUUUAUUCCUUGAUGACCAUUCUAUGUGAUUCUUCCUCUGUGGCUCCGUAUCGCUUUAUUACGUUUCGUCGAAAUUCAUCUACAUCAUGUGUGGAAUCAAAACUAUUGAGUACUUUUGUUGUCGGUGCUUUUUCAGUUUGGAGACAGGAUCCAUAUUCUGUAGUAUUCUAUUUGUUUAUAUACUCCGAUGCUCUGUGGUUUAUUCCAAAUUCAAAUUGGCUGGUCUCUGCUGUCGUGUCCGCUGUGUUGAUACGAUGGAAUGAAUAUGGUUGGAUGGUUGCAGUUGUUUGUUUACUGCAUGAGAUUUGGUGGAACUAUAUUCUACCUCGUCUUUCAGGCUAUUUCUCGAUAUCCGAAUCGGUUUUAGUGGAGAGGUGGUUUAUUCUGUUUAUUAUUCUUCUAUUUUCGUCAGCUACAACGUUAGAAAUGCAGUGUACUAUCCUCAUCUCUCUUUCCUCUUUCCUAUUAACCGGAAUCGUGCUCUGUUGUUGUAGAGAUGCUCUUUCCUGUUAUCUCUUCAUAAUACUUGGAGCACUACUCGAAAUCAUGUUACUCAGUGUUUGUGUGCACGAGUUUUUCGUGUCUUGGUUUCUUCAAUGGGUUUUUAGCCGUCUGGAUCGCCCCUUCAUCCUUGUCUACUGGAUUUCAAUGUUUUUCCUGGCCUUUUUGAUUCUUUGUGAGCAGCGAUGGCAGCGGCAAGCUCUCAUCAUUCAGCGAAAAUACUUCCACUUUCUGGCUGUGGUUCUGUUUUUACCGAUCACGUUACUUGAUCCCUCCUUUAUGCAGUACAAUUCGAAGUCGACUCUCAGCAAUUAG